ACCGAGCAAAACCGGAAGUGGGCGGCAGCCCUCCCCUUCCCGGACACCCCGCCCAAGAUGGCGGACCUCCACCGCCAACUGCAGGAGUAUCUGGCGCAGGGGAAAGCGGGCGGGCCGGCAGCCGCCGAGCCGCUCCUCGACGCGGGAGAGGCAGAGGAGCCCACGGCCGGGGCCGGGCCGGCGGGGGCGUGGCUCGGCCGCGCGGGCCUGCGCUGGACGUGGGCGCGGAACUCCGCGGAGCCGACGACGGCGGCGGGACCGACGUGCAUGCCGAGCGUGACGCGCGCUCAGCGGCUGGCGGCGAGCGGCGUGUGCUUGCUGCUGGCCGCGCUCUGCUUCGGCCUGGCCGCACUCUACGCCCCAGUGUUGCUGUUGCGCGCCCGCAAGUUCGCGCUGCUGUGGUCGCUGGGCUCGGUGCUGGCGCUAGCGGGCGGCACGCUCCUGCGAGGCGGUGCGGCGUGCGGACGCCUGCUGCGCGGCGAGGAGGCGCCGUCGCGGCCCGCGCUGCUCUACGUGGCCGCGCUGGGCGCUACGCUGUACGCGGCGCUGGGUCUGCGCAGCACGUUGCUCACGGCGCUGGGCGCCUGCGCGCAGGUGGCUGCGCUGCUCGCCGUGCUGUUGGGUUUGCUGCCCCGCGGCGCGGGCACCGCGCUGCGCAUGGCGCUUCGGCGCCUGGGACCGGGCGCCACCCUCACCAAGGCGCUCCCCGUGUGAGAGGCCUGGGGCCCGCGCCGUCGGAAAGGACGCAGAGUCCGGCCCCGGGACGCGCCGUCGGGAGACCACACGGAGCCGGCCCAGGGGCCCAGCGCUCGCCAUGCCAAGGACUGCGCCCGCCUUUCCCAGAGCGCGCGGGGCAAAGGCUGCUCCUUUACUGUGCCAGCGAAAUCUGUAAACUGAGCAGCAGUUGUAAAACAGACAUGAGCUGUUUCGGAAGCUCCUCAAGUUCAGCGUUUUGUGCUAUACUCAGCAGCAAGUGCUAUGAGAACUAAAUUUUGUCCUUGAGUUGGUGACAUACUGUGAAGCAUUUAUGAUAAAUUGCUUUUGCGUUAACCGUGGUCUUAGUUUACACUCAGUUGAAAAAGAAAAAGAACACUAGCUCUUCCGUUUUAAUUAACUGCCCUUAUUACUUUUCUCAGACUUCUGUUCCACGUUUUGUCACUUUAAAAAAUCCAGUGGUAGACUGUAGUAGCUUAGCUACAGUAAACUUGUUCUCUUCGGCUCUUGGAAAUUAUUUUUCCGUAUUCUUCAAUGUGAGUGGAUACAUAAGAGUUAUUAAAAUAAAUACAGACUUUAGUCACCGGAAUUUUUAAAAGUACUUUAGUUAAGACGGUUUAUCUCAGUUUUUUCUUUCAGUGGAGUUGUAAACAUGGUACCUUAUAAAAUUAAAGGAAAAUUGAUUCUGUAUUAGAUGAGGAAAGCGAUGGACCAAGAAGCGUCCUGUAAGAAAUACCCAGUAAGGUGCGUGUAAACGCUGUGAGAGGUCCGUGGGCAGAACUGGGCUAGGGGACUCCUGGGAGACACAUGAUUCUACGUGCGAUUUCCCUAUUUGAUGGAAACCAUGGAUUUCUACAAGGCCUAAUUAUUUUCAUUCCUAAUUUUAUGAUCUGCUUUUUAACUAUAGUUUACACUUUACAGUCUGAUCUUCAUGCAAUGUAAGAUGCUUUUCACAUCUAAUUGCCAAAUUUCCUUCGUUUUAGGUUUAGCACUUAAUUUUGUUUAGGACCUUCUUACUUACCUUAAUUUAUUGCCAGAAAGUAUGGGCUCAAUAUUCUGAGGAGUCCAGAAAACUACAUGUUUUGUCACUAGCUGUAUAUUAACUAGGAAGUAAACUAUUUAAAAUGUUUAAAUCCUACGCCAGUGGUUCUCCGUUCACAUGAGAAUUACUUGACGACUCAAACCUCAGAUCAACUCAGUCUGUCUCUGCGGGGCUGGGGGUGGGAGCCACGCAUCAGCAUUUUUUUUUGAGCUCUCCAGAUGAUUCCUUUCCCAGCUAAGGUUGUGAACCACUUUUCUGUAUGUUGGAUUGCACGAUUUGAAAAUAAUUGUCUCCUGGGGCUGGAUUCCAGUGUUGCCGAAACUGGGUGUCAGGCAGCAGUCGAGCCUUGCCCCUUUGUCCAACCUCAAAAUUUAGAUUUUUAUCAGUGUCCUAAGCCCUGCUCCAAGAAGUGGACACUAAAGUGACCAACAUCCACACUGUAGACUUACCCCAACCCCCCAUAUUCUCUAAGAAUGCUCCCUUGUUCCCCUCUCAGUAAAUAGGGUUACCUACCUCAAGAGGAACAACCAAGGGGGUGUUUGUAAAAGCAAAUCCACUGUUUUGGGGGAGUGAUUUUUUUGACUGGAAAACUUGUACCAUUGGCUGCUCUUUCUACCCCCUUGUUAAAUCUGCAUUCUAGUUCUAAAUUUCUCUACAGUUUGCAUGGCUGAAGAUUUCACAGUGUUGACUUUUAUGUUCAUGCUACUGUAUUUUUAAAAACUGUUUUCCCAACAUUUUUUCAAGAAUUCACUGUUUGGAAAUCUAAGCUUUAAUAAAAUUCAAAGCACAACAUCUGGUAUGUAUUUUGACAGUGAUACUUUAAAAUGCAUCACCUACUAAGUAAUGCAUUGCUAAGUAAUUAAUCAAUAUGUAAUGCUGAGUUUUCAGUUUUCUCUAAAUGAAUUCAUUCUCAAAAUGUGA